CCCAGCGGCCCUCGGUGACUGCAGGAGGAUCUGCUGACCCAGCAGUGUGGUCAGCCUGUCACGUUAGCUCUUAGCGCCCUCCAAUCCCGGGCUCAAGGGAGCGGACCCCGGAGACUUCUGUUGUUCACUUUCUGUUUAGUUUUUUUAGUUUCCAGAAACAAGAGUAAAGAAGGCAGCUAAUCCAGGGAAAGGAACUAAUAGACAAAGAAUGUCAGAAGACAAAGCAAGGAAGGAUGAAGGCAUUCCUAAAAAAGCUAUGAGCAAAGAAGACACGUCUUCAUUAACUGAUGCUGUAGAGCAAGUUGCAAAACGACAACAAUCACAAACAUCAGAAAUAGAAAAACAUAAGAAAGUUCUCUUCCAAUUGCAGAUUGAGCUUCAUGAUCUUGAAAAACAAAUUGUAGCUACUGCUGCAGAAGCUAAAGAAACAGAGAGGCAAAUGCACCAGCAAGAUGUUGCCAUGGAGAAUUCCAAACUUCAGUGUGGACUUUUGGAAGCUCAAAUCAAGUCCUUAUAUUCAGAAAGUGUAAAGCUUAAAUUUGAUAUAGAAACAGCCCAAGAAAAAUUUGAGGAACAAAUGAUAAAAUAUAAUGCAUAUUAUGCAAAAAUAAAAGCCUAUAAAGAUAGUUUAGGAGAGAUAGAAAGCAAAUGCUCACUCAUGACUGAACUCUAUGAAAAACGAGAUCUCAUCAAAAACCUAAAGACGAUGAAAGAAGAUCUUAUGGAAAGUAUCCAAAAUCCACAAGGGAAAUAUGCAGCACAAAUACAGGAAGACAUUUCAGAGCUAAUGAAUAAAACUAUGACAGUAAAAGAUUCAAUCGCUGAGAAAACAUAUUUUAUUGAAGAAGAGAAAAAGAAACAUGAAAAACUAAGAAAAGAAAUAGAGGUACAGCAUAAGAGAUAUGAUGCAAUUCUUAAGCGUUUGCAUUGUCAGAUGAGCAAGAUUCAGUUAAAUAGGAGGAAAUGGCAAUGGAACAUCCAACAACUGGAAAAAACUGCAGCUGACUUAAAAAAGCGCCUUGGAGUGAAAGAAGCCCAUGAACUACAGAACAGACCAGCAGCAUUGUGGGAAAGAAUACCGUGAAGAUCCUUUGGUCACUUGUGAACCAGCACCCAGCGGCAAAGGCCUGUCUCAAUGGCCGAUAUUUUCUUUUGUCCCCCUUCCUCCUUCAUUUUGUUUCAAUCUGGCAUCUGUUGGUUAAAGUGCCCUCCCUGUCUGUAGUGCCCAGCACUCGAUCAACAAUAGCCAUGCUUGCAGGAAGCUAGUAGAAGAGUGUGGGCACAUUCAAAUGUUCAUCACUCUCCCCAAUGCCUGCUUACAACAAUGUUGAAUUAACUAUCCUACAAAGUAAAAGUUUAGAAGAAACAACUGGAUUUUCAAUUGUUAACUUAAAUUGUUGAGCUAUUUAUAAAAUAGUUAUCUGUUUUAAACUUUUUAUUACUUUUUUACAACUGUCUUUGAAAUAGCCCAUGAAUAUUAAUAUCCAUGAUAAUAUCAUUAUAUGUUUAAUGCAUCAACUAUUUUAUUAAGUUUCUUCUUUUCUCCAGUAGGUAGCAAUCAUUUUCCUUUGUUAUUAAAUAACAUAUUUUAGAAUGUUACAUUACAUAAGAUUUGUGUUUGCUCUUCAGUCUAUAAAUUCUUUAUUCCUGUAUUGUGACUAGAAUAAAGUUAUAGCAUCAUAUAAGGCAGGCAUACAAUAAAGCUCUUCAAAGAGACACUUUUCUGCAUUGAAAGGCAAAUUUUUGUCAAUGGUAAUAAAUUGAAUGAAAAACACCUCUGAAGAUAAAAUUGCUCUCUUUCAUGCUCUAUUGAUCACAGCUACAGAGAAGCAAAAAUAAAAUAUUAAUUACUAAAGAUACAAUUUUAAAAUAUUCACUUGUAUGAUUAAAUAAUUUCAAAGAAGCAA